GGCUGUCGGGGGGGAUGCUUUACGGACCUUCAGGUCCUGGAAGGGUAACACAGUUUGAAGAUGGAGGACAGCGGUGGCGCUUCUGCAGCGCAGGAGCCAAAGACUGCAAUAGAGAAGGCUAUACUGAAUCUUGUGGGAAUUCUGUCAACUUCCCAGUCUGAUAUUAGGAGUGGAACUGCAACCACAUCUGUUACAGCGACAGUGCCUCAGCAAACCCCAAGAGUGAGCACCCAAAUAGAAAUGCAAAGGUCAUUUCCAGCAAUGUUUCAAAGAAGGCAAUCCAAAGGAAAGAGGCCUUUCCCAGCUCCUAGUAAUGUCAUACAUGCAGUUCGCAACAUUCAGUUGCAAUUCUGUCUUUUGCCUGAUUCCACGACAAAAACCCCAAAGAAUGAAAUACGGCUUCUUCAAGCUGGACUUGGAAGGCGAACUCUCAGCAUAGCUGACAAUGCUGAUCAUGAAGAAAUUACUAUAGCUCUGCAUGAAGAGUAUCCGAAGAUGAAGGCCCUAACUGGUGGAUGGCUCUUGUAUAAAGCAGGAGGUGGUAGCGGACAGAGAAAUCUCUCUUUAGUAUCUCAGGGAACACAAGGCUACACAGCCAAGACGCUCAAGAUGGCCACCAACAAUGGAAAAAAUACACUUUAUAUUGUCCCUCUCCAAGAAAAAAUUGAUACUACACCUCUUCCACAUGAUGCUGCAGAAUUCAGCAAAAUGCCGAAGUCUCAGUGCAAGACCUGUGGUGUGACUAUGCCUCUUCAGCUACUUGUUUGUCACGUAGAAAACUGUGUACAAGAAGCUGCGUGUGAAAGCAUGACUGACCAGGCACAUCAGAAUGAAGUCCAAUUGGAGCCUUCUUGUCCUGUUUGUGGAAAUCGUUAUCCUCCAGAUGACUUGGUCUUGCAUGCCAGUACAUGUGGUGAUCGUGAAGUGGAUGACCUGCAUCACACAGCACAUGAAUUCAGAGACACACUUCUCAAUUUUGCUGCUGAGAUGAACACUGACAUCCCAGCCAACAAUAAGGAAGAACAGUGGAAAAAGGCCAGUGAUCCCCAAGAUGCUGCAGUUUUGUUUAAGAGGCAUCUCUUAAAGGAAAAGGAGGAGAACCCCACAAUCACAGCUAUUAUUGACAUUCGACAAGAUCAAACAUCCCAGAGCCGAGAGAUCAUUGCUUUCUACAAAAGACCACAGAUUGAUUGGGCAGGACCUUUUCGUUGUUCUUUACAAGGUGACACAGCUGUUGGCACUGGGGUCCAGAGACAUUUUUUCAGCAUGGCAAUGCUAAAGUUGCAACAUGGCUUUAACAUCCAUAGCGGUGCAGCCAACAUGACCCUUCUCUUUGAGGGACAAGAGAACCAUCUAGUGCCUUCUACUUCUCAGAUUUUGGCAGACAGUGACUUAUUUGUGGUAGCAGGCAGAAUGAUUGGGCAUUCAUUUUUGAACGAUGGGCCACGAUUGCAUGGCCUCAGCAAGGCUAUUAUUCACAUGUUGGUCCAUGCUGAUAGAGACACUGUCACUGUCCAGCUCGAUGAUGUGCCAGAUCUAGAUAUUCGUUCUACAAUUUGCAUGCUUGAUGGUAAUAAACACCUCACUGAGCAGCAGAAGGAUGACAUUAACAAUUUGGCCAUUUCCUGGGACUUGCCACCCGUCAGUGCAGAAAACCGCAGAUGGCUGUUCCAACAGCUUCUCCAUCAUGCAGUGAUAGGCCGAACUAAAAGGAAGACAAAACACAUCAGAAAAGGUCUGAAGGACACCGGAUUGUUGACUAUGCUUCAACAAAGACCUGACACAGCCUCAGUGGUCUUUCCCCAGCAUGAAGACAGCAUUCUUACUGCACAGGCUGUUCUUAGCCACAUUGUUUGGCCAGGAGAUGAGGGCGAUGAUGAAGACGAUGAUGAUCCACCUUACCCACUAAGCAUCCAAAUGCAAACAGUGGGAUUUCUGAAGACCUACAUUGAAACAGCCACUCCAUUCCAGCUCAGCCAGCUGAUGAGGUUUUGGGUCGGAUGGGAAAUUCCGACUGGUACCAUGAAGGUUGAAGUGGUCAAAGCAGACUACCUCAUAUCCUCUACAUGUUUUGGAACGUUGCGUGUGCCUGGGCACUUCCACGAGUACAAUGUCUUUUCCAAACAUGUUGAUGAUUGCAUUGCAACUUGUGCCACAGGUUUCGCCUUAUUUAAAAGCAAUUUGUAG